ACUAAUAUUUUUGGUAUAACAAACUGAUUAAGCCGGUUAAUAAAACUGUAUGUUAGACAUAUUUUUACGAUUUAUAGAAAAUGCGUAGAAUGCACUAUAAUUAAGUAAUUUUAAUAAAGGGUGAUAUCUGUUAACAUUUCUCAUAUGAAGAAUUUGUAAAACAUAACAUAACCUCAAUUUAGAAGUGAUAAAAUAAUUCAAGAGAUUUGGGAAAAUGCCACGAUUACCAUUACACCCAUCCUCUGGGACAGGUAUUAGAUCGAGGUUCCAACAAUCGAUACGAUUUGUUCGUUAUGGUUGUGCAAACAGACCAUUCUAUCACAUUGUUGUAAUGGGCACGAAAUUUCUGCAACGUAAACCUCCGACAGAGCAAUUAGGCAGUUAUGAUCCUAUGCCAAACAAAUAUAAUGAAAAAUUAAUUGCUUUGAAUUUCGAACGUAUACAACAUUGGAUGGGAAAAGGUGUAGACAUAUCAAAACCAGUUGCUGAGCUUUUAGGUCUUGCCGGUUUCCUUCCAGUACAUCCCAGGACAUAUAUGACCGCAUGGAGAAAUCGGAGAGAUGCUGAAAAAACUGCUACAAAUAAUGUUUUGCAAGCAAAAUCUGCAAGCUAA